AUGGUUGCGUCAGUCGAGCCAGUAUUGGACCCCAAAGCCGCCGCCGUCCUCCAGGCAGCGCAAGCACGCUUCCUCGAACGCAACCCUACAUCCCUGCAAAUCCACCAAGAUGCUUCUCGAAGCAUGCCAGGCGGCAACACCCGUAGCGUCCUGCACACCGCGCCCUUCCCCGUCAGCAUGGCCCGCGGCCAUGGCUACCAAGUCUUCUCCGAAGACGGGCAUACCUACACCGACUUCGUCGGCGAAUUCACCGCCGCCCUCUACGGGCACUCGCACCCGACGCUCGUCGCAGCCAUCACGACCACGCUGCAGCAGACGGGCCUCAACCUAGGCGCGCAGACGCGCGCCGAAGCGGCGUUCGCUCAACGCAUCUGCGCGCGCUUCGGCCUGGCGCGCCUGCGCUUCUGCAACUCGGGCACCGAGGCGAACCUGCACGCGCUGGGCGCCGCGCGUGCUUUCACUAAACGUCGCCGCGUCGUCGUCUUCCGUGGCGGCUACCACGGCGGCGUGCUGUCGUUCGCGCACGGCGUCGCGGCCAACAACGUCGACGUCGAUGACUGGGUCGUUGCGCCGUACAACGACGUUGCGGGCGCGCGGAAGGUGAUUCUUGACGACGGGGAUGGAGUUGCAGCGGUGCUGGUCGAAGCGAUGCAGGGCGCCGGCGGGUGCAUCCCGGCGACGAAGGAGUUCCUGCUCGCGGUGCGCGCGGCGGCGCGCGAGGUGGGCGCCGUCUUCGUGCUCGACGAGGUUAUGACGAGCCGGAUGGGCCGCCGCGGCUUGCAGGGCGCCGUCGACGGGCUCGACCCGGAUCUCACCACCUUUGGUAAGUGGCUGGGCGGCGGGCUGGCGUUUGGCGCCUUCGGCGGCAGGGAGGACGUCAUGGCCGUCUUCGACCCGACCAGGGAGGGCGCGCUGGCGCAGAGCGGCACGUUCAACAACAAUUCGCUGGCCAUGAGGGCCGGGCUGGUGGGCAUGACGGAGGUGUUUACGGAGGAGGUGGCCGACGAGUUCAAGGGGGUUGGAGAGGCGUUCUUGCGGAAGCUGAGGGAUGUGACGGUGGGCACUAAGGCGACGUUUACCGGCGUGGGCACUGUGAUUAGUCUGCACAUUACGGACGCGGGCGUCAGGGAUAUCGUGCGGAUCGAUGAGGUGGAGGAAAGAGAUGAUCUCAAGGACAUCUUCUGGAUGGAGAUGAUGGAGGAGGGCUUCUGGAUUACGAGGCGUGGCAUGAUUGCAUUGAUCUUGGGUACGCCCAAGAGUGAGUUGGAUAGAUUUGUCGAGUGUGUCAAGGCGUUUCUUGAGAGGCACAAGGAUUUGAUGGUUCUUUAG